UUCAGCUCUCUGUGUACUGUAGUACUUUCUUCUUGAAUAGAGUAGUUGAACCUUUUAUUAGUUAUGAUGUUGUAUGCAUAAAAUCCAAUUGUUAGUUAAUUUUAAGCUUUUAUUUAUGCUUUGCAUAUGGGCUUUUUCCUCUGUGAAUUUGAGACAUGUAUUCCAGCUUGAUACUCAUGUUAUAACAAUUGGAGUUUGAGUUUGAUUAUGAUUCAAUUGGUUUGUAAAAUAAUGCUUCGUAUCUUUGCUUUUAGAGGAUAAAAUUCAAGAAGCUUGUUUCGUAUAUUUGAUAAAAAGUCACACAGAGAUAUCGAGUGAAAACAAACGAAAAAAAACUUUUAUAUGUAUAGGGAUGUACAAAUUAAGGCUUAAUAACUUUUUUAUCAGUUUUGAAUAUUCUUACAUAUUUGUGUAUGUUUUAACUAGUCAACUGUUAGUCAACCAUUAGUGUUGGGGGUAUUUUUAAGAUAAAAAGUAACAUUUAGGACAUUUAAGGUCCCAUAAGUGAAAAGAGGAUAUUUUAAAGCCAAAUUCAAUGGUUUAGAGGCAUUAUUUGGUACUUUUAAGUAAAUGAAUAUUUUUACCUUAAUUCGUUAGUAGUAAAUUAAUAUAAAUUGACGCAAAUAACGCUAAACAUCUACCGGAAGAUUCCAAGGGCAUUGCGGCUGACUCCAUCUCUCCAAGAGAGAAGGCAAUGUCAAAAUCUUCUUCUCAAUCAACUGAAAAUGGAGAUCGCUCGGCGAAUUUAUCUCACACAUUCAAGUACUUGCUAGCAACUCAAUUUUUAUCAAGGGGAAUACCAUUCAUAUUCAACUCUUGGAUCGUUCGGCACCUCACUGAAGAAGACUAUGCGUUGUAUGCUGUACAAUUUCACUUGUUCAUUACUUGUGUGCUUUUUCUUAGUCGAGAGGGCUUCAGGCGAGCAUGCAUGAGGGCCGACAUUUAUUGUGGCGGAUCACUGAGAGAAAAUGCAGCAAAACUGUUGAGAGUAGCAUGGAUGACCCUCCCUUUGGGAAUAAUUGUCACAUUUGCAGGAUGCCUUUUUGUUUUAUGGUGGCAAGAACUAAGUUAUUCUAGUCAAUAUGCACAGGCUAUAUGGAUAAAUGGUUUUGCAUGUAUAUUGGAGCUACUAGCCGAACCCUUUUACAUCUUAUCUCAGAAUUUGCUUCUCCUUAAGUUGCGUUUGAUAGUUGAAAGUGCAGCUACCCUUUCACGUUGUAUAGCUACCUACAUGCUCAUUGUAAAGCUACCUGGCAUGGUAAACAACUAUUGAUCAUCUUCAUUAUUUA